CAAGCAAACAAACAAAAAACAAGAAACAAAAAACAAAACGAUGAGAAGGACAGAUUUUGAAAUCCUUAAAGAGAUGUUUAAGGUUGUCUAGUGCAUAUAUAAAUAGUCAAUUAGCGUUAUGCACGAGACUGUAAAUAUCUCGUAAGGACGGAACUCAAGAGUUGCUAUAAGCAUAGUGGUAUUUACUUGUAUUUACAAAACGGUAUCGAAUGGUAGAGAAUCUAAUCAAAGCAAACUGCUGAAUUCACCUCAAGAAAGACUUAAUCCAAAAAUGAACAUUUUCACAGAUUUAGGAAAUGGCUGGCUUCGUUAUGGAGAUGCUGCUAUCAAACUCUUUAAAGAGAAAAAAACCUGGGCCGACGCACGAAAUCAUUGUCAGUCAUUAGGUGGUGAUCUUCUCUCUAUUACCAGCUCACACGAGAAUGACUUUGUAAAUGAUGUUUUUGUGGAGAGCCUGAAUUUGACGUACAUUCAGGAAGCUAAAAAGUUCACCUUGCCACACAUACAUUUGAAGCUUAAUGGAGAUGACUCCGAAGAGAUAUUCGAAAAAGGAAAUGAAGUUAACUACACGAACGAUGGAAGAGAGAAAGCWCUUUAUCUAGAUGGGCAAGUGGGUUAUGCUGGAAUGCCAUCCACAAAUUUAAAUCCAGAUGGCUUCACCCUACUUUUUUGGUUUAAAGUAUUGGAACCUCUUGAGUUGGCGUACAUCUUUAGAAUGCUCAAAAAUAACAUUAAAAUAUUGGGAUUUCGUUUUGGAACUGGUAAUUACGUAAAUUACAUAAAACUUUCUUACGAAAGCACAGAUCUUGGAACASUUAGGUAA